AUGUUAUACAAAUUUAAGGAAUAUUUUGUGAUUUAUUAAGAACAUUUGAAGAACAAAGAUUAGUGGAGAUUGUUAAUGGUGCUGAUAUCUGUCUAUUAAAUAUGUGAUGUUAUUAUAGUGACAGGAGAUGCUGUAACUUUAGAUAUUGAAGGAGACAAAUACAUUUUGAUAUAUAGAAUAUUGGUAAUAUUAAUUACCAUUUUAGACCCAAAUAUUUUUGAUUGCAUUCUUUGAAGUGUCACUAAUAAAAAUGAUAAAGAUAAAAAAUGGAUUUAUAAAUCUCAUGACCUUAUUAAAAUUUAUAUGUGUAGUUAUAUGUUGGGAAGAGCUAGAUUAUUAUACAACAUAAUAAUUAUUUUAAAGAAUACUGGAUAAGUUCCUAAUUCUAUUGGGAUUUGUAUUUGCAAUAGAAUCAUAAGUAUGUUAGACAUUAGCAAUUGUCUUUAAUUUGAUUUAUACAUUGUUAAGGAACUUUGAAUUCGAUUCUAAAAUGAAUAUCAUAAUGGGUACAAAGUUAAUUGUUAUUCAUGUCAUUUUAUAAUUCUUAAUGUUCAUAAUCAACAAAAAGAAUAUUAGGAAUAAUUUAAAUUCCUAAUUGGUGACUAUGGGUUUAAAUAAUAAAAUUAGUUACACAUAAUUAAAUUCUUAGAGAUUAUCAAAUCCAAAUAGAACUCUUCAUCAAUUAUAUAUAGAUAUACCUGAAAAUAGGAAUAUAUCUUAAAUACCACAUGAAUAAAAAUAAGAAGAUCAAUAAACAGAAUCAGUUUAAUAAGAUUAAAUAAAUGAAGCCAUACUUUCCACAUCUGAAUUUGGAAUCUAUCUGAUUGAUAGUCUUACUAAAAGUGUUUAAGUUAUAAAUCCAUAGUUGUCCAAUAUUAUUAUGAAAGAAGAUCAAUUGAAUACUUAAUUUCUAGAGACUGAAUUAUAUGAUUUUGGAUUACUACUUGAAGAAUCAUGUUUAUUAUUGCCAAAAUUUCAUAGAAGUCAAGACAUAGCAUAGUUCCUUAAAUUCACUGAAACUUUAGAGUAUUGUAUAAGUUUAUUAUUGUUGAGUUCCAUCUACUUUGGAGAAUACUUAUGAAAACGACCCUUGUCAAAUCAAGAGAUUACAAUUAUUAACUAAAAAAAUAUCUUUUAAAGCAUUCUUCGAUAAUUUAAUUGCUUUCAUUCACCUAAAAUACACAAAUAACCAUUUACUUAUUGACUUUUCUCUUAAAAUAUAUAUUAAAUUCGAUACUUGUUAUAUACAAGUUGUUUUAUCACCAUUAAUCUAUAAACUUAAACCUUAAAUUGUGAUUUUUGUAUCUGAUAUCACUGAAGAUCCUUACAUAACAUAAUUAUUGAAUACUACAAAAAAUAAUGAUUUUUUGAUUAGUGAUAUAUCCUAAAAGAUUAAGCAACCUCUUAAUUGUACUAUAUCAAUGUUAGAAAUUAUUAUGGUAUAUCUAUUAUUAAUUAUUAUAUAAGAAUACAACUCCAUAAGAAAUAAAAGAAAAAUAUAUAAGUCCAGCACUUGCUGGUUGUAAAUUAUUAAUUAAUACUGCUAAUGAUAUUCUUGAUUAUGCUUAAUUAUAAAAGAAGGAUAAAUUAGACUUAAUUUAGAUGGAUGUUCAAAUAUAAGAGUUUUUGACUGAUAUUAUAAAUGUAGUAAAAUCUUAAGCUAUUUUCAGAGGAUUAAAAAUAUCUGUAAAUAUAAAAUAGAAUGUUCCAUAAUUUAUUAGAACUGAUCCAAAUAGAUUAAGAUAAAUCUUACUUAAUUUAUUAGUUACUUCUAUUUAAGCAACUGUUAGAGGAUCUAUAAUAUUUUGUGUUUCUAAAAGUUAAAUUCUUAAUGAACAUAUUGAUUUUAUUGUAAAAGUGAAAGCUAAUGAAACUAAUUUUUCAAUUCUUAAAAUAAUAGAAAGAACUGUUAGAUUCUUUAAAUCAUAAACAUUGAAAUCUAAAAUAUUAGAUCUUGGAAAUCUUAGACAAUAUUCAUAAUCAAUUUUGAUUUCAUUUUAUUUAACAAAAUGUCUAUCCCAAAUUCCAUUCGAAUAUAAUUAUGAACGUGUUGGUAAUAAAGAAGAAUUUAGUUUUGUCAUUAAAAUUAAAAAUUUAUAUCCAUAAUUUAAUUAAAAUUUGAAUUAAAAAAGAUUAUCAGAAUUUACAAAUUAGUAAAGUUUUUAUUAAUAGUAUUAAAAUAAAGAAGGUUUAAAGAGAUAUUAAUCUUAAAUGUCAAGUUUAUAACCAGAGAAUUCAAAUAUUAAAUUAGAAUUAAAAGAAGCUAGAUAAAAAUUGAAUAUAAAUAUUAUCUAAACUUAAGGUUAAGAAUCAAAAGAAAAAUAAAAAGAAAUUUAGGAAUAAUUAAAUGAAUCAGAUGAAAGUCUCUCUGAAUAAUAAGAUGAUGAAGUAUCUAUGGAAUCAAAAAAUGGUAUUUCUAAUAGAGUAGAACAAAUGCUUAAAAUAUAACCAUAUUUCUUUGAUUAUGUGAAUGAAACAUAAUAGAAAAAUGAAGGAAUUAGUUCUCAACCAUCCCAACAACUUACAUUUGGUGGACUAGGAUAAGGGAGAUCAUCCAUAUAUUCUUCUUUAUGUUUUACCAGUGGAACUAUGUAACCAAAUGAUUUAUUAGAUUGUUUUGAGAAGAUGGAAAAAAUAAAAUAAUAAAAAAAUAAAUCUAAUUGUAGAGUAUAGUUAUUUUAAUAGUUAGUGUACUAAGAUAUUGAUAUGUGAGAGUAUCGAUCUUGAUCUUUAUGCUUUAUCGCAUUAAUUAACGAAUAUAGGAAUUACAUAUGAAUAUGUAACAUAGAAAUCUCAAAUAGUGAGCACUCUUGUUAAAUUAUUAAAUAGUGAUUUGUAAUAAUAGUAAAAUAGUAAUUAAUAAAAGUAGAAUAUUGAUAAUCAUUAAUUAAAGGUCAAUAAUGAUAAUUAAUAGCUGAAGAACAAUGAAAAUUAACCUUGUUGUAAAGGAUUAUAAUUAUUAUUCAUUGGAAUUGAAUAAUUUGAAGAAGAACUAUUUGCUUUGUUUAAUUAAAUAAAAGAUAUUUAUGCAGAAUUUAAAGUUGAACCCAGAAUCAUAGGAUUAAUUGGUUGUAUGGAUGAAGAAAAUAGAGCCUAAACAAGAAAACUUCCCUUUCAUGAUUAUUUAUCCAAACCUAUAAUGAUUGAUGCCCUACUAUUUAUUUUAGCAAAAUGGAUUAAAAUGAAUUGA